AUUGUUGUCUAGUAUCAGCCACCUGGUGCUGGACGAGAUCCACGAGAGGAACCUGCAGUCUGACGUUUUGCUCGUCAUUGUGAAGGACCUUCUCAACCUCAGAGACGAUCUCAAGGUCAUCCUCAUGAGUGCCACGCUUAAUGCAGAGAAGUUUUCUAAAUAUUUUGACAACUGUCCAAUGAUCCUCAUCCCUGGUUUGACGUUCCCAGUGGAGGAGUUCCUACUGGAGGACAUCGUGGAGAUGACGGGGUAUCGUUCCCAGAAUCAGGACCGUCGCCCCUCAUGGAAGAGAGGCUUUUGGCAGGGCUGCCACUCCAGACCUGAGAAGGAGGAGAAAGAGACUGAAUACAAGGAGAGCUGGCCUUGUUAUGCGCACACGCUGCGGGGCAG